AUGAACAGCGCUAAGAUAAUCGCGAUUCCGGGAUUAUUUUCAACAAUGAAGGCUACACUUGGACAAACACAACCUUGCCAUUGUGGUGGUCGUCGUGGAUGUGAUCCUACUUUUCCAUAUUGCACUUACUCUUCGGUCUGUCAUUUAAAUUUUGCUUGUCAUUAUUGUUGUACUAACUUUUGUUGCCCUCCUAACGUUGGUAAUACUACGAAUAUACUACUUCCAACACUUCGACUGCCUACAAAUCCACCACUGUCUACACUUUCACCAGAAUGUUACAACCCCGAUGGUACUAGUUGUGAAUGGUAUAAAGAUUGCUUAGAGAAGAAAUAUCCGUGCCAGGAUGAACAAGCUGAUUACGCUAUGAAAUAUGCAACGAAGUAUUGUAACAAAUAUACCGAAAAUGACAAUAGAUUUAGCGAAACUGGUCGCGAUCAAUCCUCGGCUAAUAUCACGUGUGAUAAAAUUAAGGAUGAAGGAUUUGCAUCUCAUGCGUUAUUUUAUGGAGUUCCUUCUCUCGACGCACCAUCUUUUUGUGAUUUAACCGUGACAGACUGGUGGCGAGUACUUCAGACGAUUCAUUCUGCAUUUUAUACCGAGCCUUUGCAAAGUCUAAAAGGUGCACUUGAUACAUUAGACACGUGUAUCUCAAAACCAAUUGGAGAGAUAAUGCCCGUAAGCAUAAUGAUGAUAACGUUUUUGGGCCCAAUAGUUGUACCAGCAACCGUGAGUAAUAUGAUUAGUUAUGUCGAUGAUAUAGCCAAAGAUAUUGCUCGAAUUGAAGUAUGGGCUUCUGAACGAUUAGGAUAUUUUUCAUAUUCUUUCAAUACGUGGAUUUUAAAAUCAAAAGCACACGAACAGCAAAUAAAUAUGAAAAUACUUAUAGCUGAUAAAAAUCGCUCUUAA